AUGUCAUUGGUGAAAUUGGAGUCUUCUGAUGGUGUUGUACACAGUCUUACAAGUGACGUCGCUACCCUAUCAUCACUCGUUCAAAAUGUGAUUACGCACUGUCCAGAGGAUGGUAGCGCAACGAUUCCGUUGCCCAAAGUUCCUGACAUGGCCCUUAAACCUGUAGUGGAAUGGAUGCGACGAAAAAAGCAGGUUUCUUCGCAGUUCGCUGGCGCAUCGGCCUUAUGUACGCAUGGCAACAAAAGAAGCGAUUAUGAUGGAAAGGAUGUCGAGUUGUCAAACUGGGAGCGUACGUUUUUCCAUAACCUUCAGAAAGAUGUGCUCUUCAUGGUGCUAAACACUGCCAACUAUAUGGGAAUCGCUGAACUUAUCGCCUCAGGAUCAAGUUUUAUCGCGGAGAUGAUUGCGGUACUGUUUUAA